AUGCUCCUCACCAACCUCAUCACCCCCCUUGCCUUCCUGGCAGCUACCGUCUCAGCCAUCGGCUCAGCUCGGGUAAACAACAAGUGCACCUCCAACGUCUACGUUUGGCCCGUCGGAACCAACAUCACCGGCCCCUACGGCCUAUCCGGCACAGUAGGCUACUACGCCGAGUCCUUCCACGUAGACCCCAACACGGGCGGCCGCGCCCUCAAGAUCUCCUCCCACUCCGACGGCCUCUACACCCCCGGCACACCCCAAACCAUCUUUGCCUACAAUCUCGACGUGGGCGCCAACCAAGUCUGGUUUGAUCUGAGCAACGUCUUUGGCAACAACCCCGCCUUUGUGGGCAAGAAGAUCACCGUCAAGAGCGCUGACCCGGCUUGCACGCAGGAGAUUGUUUGGCCUGCUGGUGUGCCGCCCGCGGGCAGCCAGGUCAGGGUUUGCAGCGCCAGCAGCAAUGUUGUGUUGACUCUUUGCGCCUGA